GUAAACGUUCUCAUUUUUCCACGCAUGUGCCUAGUCACAGGUAAAUCUGUUACCUGUGCCUGUCAGAUUAAAUAAGCAGCAAAACUUUCAAUACUACUGCUUUUAUUCCAGUGCUUCGAUUGAUAUUUUUGAAAUUCGAUCUUAAAUUCCAAUACUUUCGUGCGGAUUUAGUGUCAAGUACUAUGGAAUAAUAAAAUAAAUUAGCAGCAAACCCAGAACCAACCAUGGCGUAUCGAAAUGGAUACUCAAGAGACGACAGAGACCUGGACAGAGAUAGGGAUAGGGACUUACGGGAUGACGAUAAAGCACCAAUUCAUAUCAUAGAGCAUUUGGCUACAUUUAGUGUGUCCCAAGAAAUGGGUAUUCUUUAUCCCAUCGAUGGAAUGAGGAGGUUGAGGCAAAUGGAGCAAACUAAUGGGAUUUGGUCUCAAAAAAUGCAACUGUGCUUAGAUCAUCCUUGGGUUCUUAUUUUAGAUGAAUCUGGGGCGAUCGUUGAAAAGUUUCCAGUCAACGCUAUUCAAGAUCCAACAGCGUUUAUGAGCACAGAACCCACGGACAUGUAUAAUAACAUCUUAGUAUUUAUCAUUGCCGAUUCAAGUCAAUCUUCACAUUCACCCGAAAUGCAAAUGCACAUAUUCCAGUGUCAAAGUAUAUCAGCCCAAGAUUUGGUAGAGGAUUUAAAGCAACUUAGAAUGGGUAAAGCACCUACAAGAAGUCGUAAAAGCAGUAUCCCACCACCUUUACAUAAACCACCACAGCCAAUUGUUAAUCCUGCAAGAGAUCAUGGUAGAGAUUAUUUUAAUCAAAGAUCAGAUUCAGAACUAACAGAAAAUAAUGAUGAUUCAAGCUCAACCACUAGUGAAAAGUAUGAACGAGAUGUCACUAUAUUAAAUCACUGUUUUGACGAUAUUGAAAAAUUUAUCGCCAGAUUGCAACAUUCAGCUGCUGCUUAUAAGGAGCUUGACCGUAAAAGGAAAAACAGGCGAAACAAAAAGCGCGAUAUGGGAGAUGGUAUGUUGACAAUGAGAGCUAAACCACCACCAGAGAAAGAGUUUAUAGAUAUAUUUCAAAAGUUCAAGUUAUCUUUUAAUUUACUUGCAAAACUAAAAGCGCACAUUCAUGAUCCAAAUGCUCCCGAAUUAGUUCACUUCUUGUUUACGCCUCUAGCACUUAUAGUAGAAUCAUCACACGACUACUACUUUGACCAACACAUCCCACAAAAUGUUAUUGCUCCAUUGCUUACCCGGGAAGCUAUCAACUUACUGAUGAAUUGUGUCACUAGCAAGGAAACAGAACUAUGGCAUUCGUUAGGUAAUGCUUGGCUAGUACCUAGAGACCAAUAUAGGGGGCACGUACCAUCUUAUCAUCCAGUUUUUAUGGAUGGAUGGUCUCCAGAAUAUCCCGUAGACGAACCGGAACCAAAUGAAAAACAUUUUGGCCCAGAUGAUGAUGAUUCUGAUAGCAAUUUUAUCUCACCGAUUGGAGAGAGCACAGCUAAAAGUGACAUCUCGGUAGAUUCAAUUGAAAUUAAAGGCGAAGAAAAAGGUUUCGGAAUGGAUCAAGAAAGGUUCUUGGAAGAUCUUCAGAAUAGAGGCGCCUAUAUAGUUCAAGUAACAUAUCCUAGAACUGCUAACAACGAUAAGGAGCUGACAGUUGUUCGAGGAGAAUUUUUAGAGAUUCUUGACAGUAGCAGAAAGUGGUGGAAAGCUAGAAACAGCAAGGGACAAGUAGCUCAUGUACCCAACACUAUUGUUACACAAUAUCAUUCUAGCAGCAUGAGUCCACAUCUCAGAAGUUCCAUUCUUAGAGAGGAUUCUCCACCACAUACAAGAUACCCUGGACAAGGUUCCAGUGAGGACUAUAGGAUUCAAACAAAGCCUGCUGAAGCAAUAAGAAAUGAGAGACUUGAAGAAACCCCUCAAAAACAAUCGGCACCCCCUCCUCCACCUCCUCCAGAGACUCCUUGUCCGCCUCCACCCCUACCUGCGUCAACUGUCCAUCCAAUUAUUUCAGCAGAUACCCUCAAAAAAACGAAACUACAACGAACUCCCUCUCGCCAAUCUGUUGGUUCAACUUACAACGAUGCUAUGCAAGAAGAACUUAAUAGCGUUCUGACUUUGAUGAGAGAGAAAGAGAAAAUCCGGCCGGCACUUGACAUUAGAGCAACUCCAGAAACUUAUAUAGAUCAAAUCAGUACCCCUAAAGAUGUACAAAAUUGGUUAAAAGUUAAAGAUUUCAACGAGGCUAUUGCUAAUAAGUUCAAGGGUGUAUCUGGAUAUCAACUUAUGGCAAUGACUAAACAGGAUUUGGAAAAAGUUUGUGGGAAAGAAACUGGAGGCAGAAUGCAUUCAUUCUUACUUGUACAAAAGUCUGUCAGUGGAUUCAAAACAUUCAGAUCAACCGAGUUACAAAAACGUUUGGCCAGACAGCGACAAAAAAUUGAAAAAAAACCCGAUGAAACUGAUGAAAUUCCAUUUGAAUUUUAGUUUUUGUGUUUUGAAUAGUGAAAAUAUGAAUUAAAUUUUAAAUUUGUUUUAAACUGCCAAUGAUAUUUUAUAAAGGUACCAAAUAUUUUCCAAUGUGAUCAAGAAACCAACUACUAUCUUAUGCUAUGACAUACAUAUAUGUCUAUUUAAUUAAAAUGUUACUAAGUUUAUCAUUUUAUGUUUAUAUUAUUAUUAUAUUAUUUAUAUGCCCAGUGUUGAAGUUGUGCAAUAUUUU